CAGUGAGAUUUGUAAACAUCGAAGCAUGGAUAACUUGAUAUACAUAAUUUCAUUGUAUGUAUAUUUUACAAUGUAUUUACAAUUUAAGAAAUCAAUGACUUACCUUUAAAGGAAAUAAUUAAAAAUGUACAGCUGCAAGAUUUCAAUGUGGAUUUCUAUGAUAAAUAAAACUUAAGGUUAUGACGUGAAAGAUAAAUAUAUCGUUACCUUCGUGCUAAUAGUAUGAAGUCUCAUAUAUCUUGGCUGUACAUUAUUUUGGUAUUACUACUUAUCUUUGCGAAUAAAACAAGUAAUCACCAGUUAAACUGUUCGUUAGAAGAAGAACAGACUCGUCAUAACUCAGCACAUAAUAAGUCACAAACAUAUGAUACCUACUCGAUAUCAUCAUGUGAUUUACAUCAUAAUAUCCACGAAGUUAAAGUUCAAUUUUCAUCUAGAAUUGUUAAAAAUGAAUAUAUUGUAGCAUUCAAAGGCUACUACAAACCUCAUACUCGUAGAAAUUAUAUAUGUGCUGCAUUGAAUUCAUCUGGGAUUAAUAAUUGGAAAUUACUUGCUCGAAAUAAUUUGGCAAGUAAUUUUCCUAGUGAUUUUGAUGUAGUUCUCUUAGAAGAAACUGAUAAUUAUCAUGGACUCAAUGCUUUAAUGGAUCAUCCACUUAUAAAAAGAGUAACACCUCAAAGACUAGUGCAUAGAAGUUUAAAAUAUAUUAAUAUCACAGAAGAAGGAGAACUUCCUGAAUAUAAAGGAUUCAAAAGGAAAAUUAAUACUUAUGGUAAUCAUUUCUGGCAACCAAUAAAUCGACAUGCAUCUCGUAGGUUACUACGUGCUAUUCCAAGACAAAUUACGAGUAUACUUCAAGCAGAUGCAUUAUGGGGCAUGGGUGUAACGGGUCAUGGUAUUAAGGUAGCAAUAUUUGAUACUGGAUUAGCUGCUAGCCAUCCGCACUUCAAAAAAAUUAAAGAACGUUCGAAUUGGACAAAUGAAAAAACUUUAGAAGAUGGUUUAGGUCAUGGAACAUUUGUUGCUGGUGUUAUAGCUUCAUCUUCCAGAGAAUGUCUUGGAUUUGCACCAGAUGCCGAAUUGCAUAUUUUUCGUGUCUUCACUAAUGCUCAAGUAUCAUAUACAUCAUGGUUUCUUGAUGCAUUCAAUUAUGCUAUACUAACUAAAGUUACAGUACUAAAUCUCAGUAUUGGUGGUCCAGACUUUAUGGAUCAUCCAUUUGUUGAUAAAGUUUGGGAACUUACAGCAAAUGGUGUAAUUAUGGUGUCUGCGAUUGGAAAUGAUGGUCCUCUUUAUGGAACAUUAAAUAAUCCUGCUGACCAAAUGGAUGUCAUUGGUGUAGGAGGUAUAAAUUGGGAAGAUCAAAUUGCUAAAUUUUCAUCAAGAGGUAUGACAACGUGGGAAUUACCAUCUGGUUAUGGAAGAGUAAAACCUGAUUUAGUUACAUAUGGAUCAGGCGUGAGAGGUUCGGCAUUGCAGACUGGUUGCAGAACACUCUCUGGUACUUCUGUUGCUAGUCCUGUUGUAGCUGGUGCUGUAGCACUUUUAGCAAGUGGUUUUGUCCAACCAGAUGGAUCUCAAAAUGUUAAAAGAAGGAAGGUAACACCGGCUAGUAUGAAACAAGCCUUACUCAGUUCCGCACGACGUUUACCAGGGGUUGGUAUGUUUGAACAAGGAGCAGGAAAAUUAGAUUUGUUGAGAGCGUUUCAUUUUUUAAGAUUAUACACGCCCAUGUGUACACUCAGUCCAAGUUAUAUAGAUCUGACUGAGUGCCAGUACAUGUGGCCAUAUUGUACUCAAGCUGUUUAUCAUACUGGUAUACCAACGAUCGUAAAUAUAACAAUAAUAAAUGGAUUGGGUGUUUCGGGUCAUAUUACGGAUCUUACUUGGCAUCCAUAUACUGGAAAUGGUAACGGCGAACGAAUUGAUAUAUCAUUAACGCACAGCGAUGUUCUAUGGCCAUGGUCUGGCUGGUUAGCAGUUUCUAUAACUGUUCCAUCGAGUUCUCGUGAUUGGCAGGGUAUAGCACAAGGUCACAUAUCUAUAACUAUAAAAUCACCACCAAGUGAUGGAGAAGAAGAAUCUCGUCAAUCAACGAUUGAGCUACCAUUAAAAGCCAAAGUUAUACCGACUCCACCUCGACACAAACGUAUUCUUUGGGAUCAGUACCAUAACUUACGUUAUCCUCCAGGAUAUUUUCCAAGGGAUGAUUUACAUGCAAAAAGUGAUCCUCUUGAUUGGAACGGUGAUCAUAUUCACACAAAUUUCAAAGAUAUGUAUCAGCAUUUACGCAAUGCUGGAUAUUAUCUCGAAGUACUUGGCUAUCCAUUUACCUGUUUUGAUGCUAAAAAUUAUGGAACAUUACUCGUCGUUGAUACAGAAGAAGAAUUCUUUCCUGAAGAAGUAGCAAAAUUAAAACAAGAUGUCGAAGAAGAUGGGCUUUCUGUAAUUAUCUUUGCAGAUUGGUAUAAUGUUACUGUCAUGCGAAAGGUAAAAUUUUAUGAUGAAAAUACACGACAAUGGUGGGUUCCUGAUACUGGAGGUGCAAAUAUACCAGCUUUAAACGACCUCUUAUAUCCUAACUGGGGAAUAGCAUUUAGUGAUCAAGUACAAGAUGGUCAAUUUAGUCUUGGUCAACAUUCACCUGUAUCUUUUGCUUCUGGAUCAACUAUUGCUCGAUUUCCACAAGAUGGAGUUCUACUUUAUGCAAAAUUACGUGAUCAAGGUCAAGAAUUUCUUCUGGAAACGGAAACAGGAUCAUCAAAACUUGUACCAAUUCUUGGACUUCUACAAACUAAACGUUAUGAUAGUGCUAAGGAAAACUACAAUAUUAAAGAUAACGAUAUAAAAGAUUUUGAAGAAGAAUUUCCAGAGGAAAAUCAUGAGAAAGAACGUGUAAAUGAUAUGCCUGGUAGGCUUGUAGUAUAUGGAGAUUCAAAUUGCAUUGACGACAGUCAUUUACAAAAACCUUGUUUCUGGAUGCUCGAUGCCAUUUUAGAAUAUACCACUACAGGCCGUAUAGCAACUAUAUUUAUGAAUGAAAAUUCACAUUUAAAUAAAGAUCCAAAGGAACCAGAUCAUUUCGAAAAUAAUAUAUUACCUCAACGAAUAGAAGGUAGUAAUUUCAAACGCCAUAGCAAGGUAGUAGCAUCUGAAGGUACUGGAGCAGGUCGCUAUCGGCCACUACCAUCGUGUCCUACUAUUACGCUAGCUUUACCAAAACCAAUUAAUGAAUCUGCACCCACAAAUUUAUAUAAAUCUCAAAAAUUACUCUCUGUGGGAAGUGGAAUAAUGGCUGCAAAUCCAAUUCCACAAGAAGAUUCAUUGUGGCUUAAACGACAUAUUGGAGCAAGUGUUCCUUUCUUAUAUAAUAAUAAUUUAAAUGGAGUCGUUAAUAACAUAAAACAAAAUGAACAGGACCAUCAAGUGAUUGUGAAUCAAUGGUAUUAUAUAGUAAUAAUUAUUAUGGUAUGUGUGAUUCUUUGUUGUUUGCUGAAUCGAUGGAAUUGGCUAAUAUUCAGAAGACAUUCUAGAAGAAAACGAACAGUUGGUAAAUUACGUAGAGUUAUACAAGCUAUUGCUAUGCGCCAGGUGCCUCAAAUGUAAUCAAAUGCUUGUAAAGAAAUUUUAUAAAUAAUUUUAUAAAAUUUUGUUUAUAUAUUUUAUAUAGACAAUGUGGUAUAUUCUUUAGUCUAAUAACAUUUUACCACAUUUUUUGCAUAAAUUCAGAGACGGACGUAAAGAUUUGUGUGUGCCAAUUUACAUCUUCAACGAAUUUCGUAUAGAAAGACUAUUAGAAUGGUAUAAAACAUAUCCUAUCUGCUUUACCUGCCUUGACAGAUAUAAUUCUAAUCGGGCCAAAUUUUAGGGAAGUAUUGUAUACCUCAAUGAUUUAAUAUUUACAUGUUUUAUGUAACUACUAAAAGAAAACCGUUUAACAUUC